AAUAAACAAAAAAAUAGCGGCGUUUUGCACAAAAUAAACGAAAAUUUUAUAAAUUGUAAAGUUAAUUUAGAUGAAUUAAAAAAAAAAGGCGGCAGAGGAUCACCAGCAUAAUGGCCAGCGGUUCCAGGACAACGAUAUUGCCGCAAUCAAAGGAGGCGCUCCUAAAGUCAUACAAUGCGCGGUUAAAAGACGACGUUCGCAGCAUGCUGGAGAACUUUGAGGAAAUUCUGAAGCUGGCGCGCCGUGAAAGUCACAGUCAGAUUUCCAAGACCACGCAGUGCGAACAGGAUGCUCUGGAAAUGCAGGUCCGCGCAGCCAAUAUGGUUCGCGCCGGCGAGUCCCUGAUGAAGCUAGUGGCCGACCUCAAGCAGUACCUUAUCCUCAACGAUUUCCACUCUGUGAACGAGGCCAUCACAAACAAUUCGCAAUUGUUUAGAAACACGCAAAGCGAGUGCGACAAAAAGCUUAUGAAACUGCGGGACGAAAUGGCCAUGGAUUUGUACGAUCUGGAGGAGGAGUACUACACUAGCAUAUUCAAGUAGCCCUAAGUCAAAGGUGAACGUUAUUGUAUUGAUUUUGACCAAACUAAAAUGAAGUUGAUCAAAAACUAAAA